GGUCCGUUCUGUAGCAGCACAUUCCCCAGCUGGCCAGUCUCACUGAAGAACAUCACUGCUCAUUGGCUAGGCAACCCUACUUUGGGCUGAAAAAACAAUCUACUAAGCGAGUGAACUCCCUGUUUACGGUGGGGAGCAGCCCUGGCCGCCCCUCUUACUGCAUGUGCCGCAUUGAUGCCCCGGAUGUGCCGGCAGAGACAAUGUACGACGUGCUGCACGACAGCGAGUAUCGCCGGGAGUGGGACAGCAACGUCAUCGACACGCACGACAUAGCCCAGGUGGCUGUCAACGCUGAUGUGGGCUACUACGCCUGGAGAUGUCCAAAGCCCUUAAAGAACAGGGACGUGGUGAUGCUGCGAGCCUGGCAGGUGGAGGAUGGGUAUCACACCAUUAUCAACUUCUCCGUCAAACACCCGAAAUACCCUCCGCGCAAGGACCUGGUAAGGGCGGUCUGUCUCCUAACGGGAUACCUGGUGCAUUCAACUGGGCCCAACAGCUGCAGCCUCACCUACCUGGCUCAGGUGGAUCCAAAAGGUAACUUGUGCUGCUGGACUUGUGGUGUGGUGAUGCAGAUUCUGGUCACAGUGGAAAUCUGGCUCAUAAGCCAAGAGUGCAUCUACAUUACACGGCACUACUCUGUUCCAGACCCUUUGGUUAAUGUUAAUGCCUCAGCUUGCUAUCAGAGCUGUUGGAUACUUGGUAGAAAUAGAGCCACUUUCUGGCGCAAUAACUUCUGGUUUUCUCCCCAACAUUUAUUAGGGUCGUUGCCAAAGUGGGUUGUGAAUAAAGCCUCGCAGUACCUGGUGCCGCAGAUGUUAAAGAAACUGCACAAGGCCUGUGUGCAGUACCCUGCCUGGAAGCAGCAGCACAACGUGAACACGAAGCCCUGGCUGUACCCUGAGCAGAACAAGCUUCCCGUGCUGGCGCUGUCAGAGCUGGCACUGCAGCGCGCUGCGUCGCUGGAGAACAUCGACGAGAGCAGCCUGGCUGAAGAGAAGGAUGAGAGCAGUGACCAUGGUGGCUUGGAGAACUGAUGUUGCUCAGGCUUGUCUAGUGGCUUACAAUAAGGGGGGAAGUUUUUUACUUAAAAAAGAAAUCCUCGUGUCUGUAGCCUUUUGUCAUGAACCAGCUGCAUGGCUCCUGGCUUGCUGGCCCUGCUUAGUGCAAGGCACGCGGGCUGACAGUCCCGACCUGGUAAUGUCAUCUGUGGGAGAAUUCAUACCAUGUAUUUCUCAGGUGAAAACUGCCCUUACAGAAUGCAGCUUGUUCUGAGCCUGUUGCUCCAAGAGGUCGAGUUACCUGCAGUACCUCUGCCAGGCUGCUCUACCAGCUGGUGAGUUACUCAUUGACAGACUGCUCUUUGCCUCUGUUCUGUGAGUGGCUGAAAUAUCUUGUGUUGCUGGAGCUGUUGUUUUCCCAAAGGGAAUCAAUAACUACCUGGUGUUUCCCUCCAGCUCUGAACCAUGAAGUAGACUGUGGUGACAAGUACAACCCAUGCUACUGCUCUGUCCAUUAAAGAUACUUAAGCCAUGAA